AUGGCAAAUUACUCGAGGAAAAUGUUGUCCAUUGCAUUUGCUUUUGACUACAAGAUGUAUGAUUCUCCUGAUGGCCUUAACCGUCACUUCUUUGCUUCUUAUACUCACCAGCUAUAUGUGGGGACAGAAGUAACGCUGAAGGUCCAUGUGAGCGAUGCCAGCACACACCAGCCAGUAACUGAAGCCUUCAUUGAGAUUUUUACCAACCAGAUCUCCAUUGCAUCUGGAACCUCAGGAGCAGAUGGCACUGCCUUCCUCAAGUUUCAGUAUAAGCUGGGCAAUCAGCUGAUAGUGACUGCUAGUAAACAUGCGUAUGUGCCAAAUUCUGCACCAUGGAAACCUGUAAGAUUGCCUGUGUUCUCCUCACUGAGUCUCGGACUUCUUCCUGAACGCUCAGCUACACUAAUGGUCUAUGACGAUGUAGUCCAGAUAGUCUCAGGAUUUCAAGGUGCACGGACUCAGCCGCAAGUUCACUUUCAGAGAAGAUCUGUGAAAUUACCAGAGAACACCAGCUACAGUGACUUGACAGCGUACCUGACUGCAGCCAGUUCUCCCUGGGAAGUGGGCAGUUUCCCUUAUUUGCAGGGAUUAGAUGGAAAUGGAACAGGAAACAGCACUAGGUAUGACCUCACCCCUGUCACUGCAGUCAGUGUCCAUCUCCUCAACAGCGAUGGGACCCCAGUCCCCGUGAAUGGCCCCAUCUAUGUAACAGUGCCUCUGCCAACAAACAGCAACCUGAAGCACAAUGCACAUGUUCCAGCAUGGAGGUUUGACCAAAAAUUUGGGACAUGGCUGAAGAGUAGUUUGGGCCUUGUACAAGAAGAAGGAAAUCAGUUGACUUGGACUUAUAUUGCACCUCAGCUGGGCUACUGGGUUGCAGCUAUGUCACCUACUACCCCAGGUCCCGUUGUAACACACGACAUUACCAGCUAUCACACAAUGUUUCUUUUGGCCAUUUUAGGAGGGAUGGCUCUCAUACUUCUAGUCUUGCUGUGUCUGCUUUUGUAUUAUUGCAGAAGAAAAUGUUUAAGACCACGUCAGCAUCAUAAGAAACUGCAACUCUCAACAGCUCUGGAUGCUUCUAAGAAGGAUCAAGCAACCUCUAUGUCCCAUAUAAAUUUAAUAUUUUCACGUCGUGAGUCAGAAUUUCCUGGUGGGCUGUGUGUUGCUAGCAAUGGACACACUGAAAACUCAGGUGCAAAGGAAUUAAUCAGUGCUGUCCACAUGGAGAUGGUAUCACCUAGCGGAGAAGCAGAUAUGCAUACACCUAUGCUCAAACACUCAUUCAGUACUUCCCAGGAGUUCAGCUCCCAGGAGGAACUGCUCUCUGACAAGGAGAGAGACAAGAGCAGAAUUUCCUUGGAUGACCUGACUCCAAGUGGGUCACUAAGACAAGACUACCACAAAUCAGCAGAUAGUUUUCCUUUAAAGCCAAGAAAAUCUACAGAAACAGCUGAAGGCUAUGAGUCCCCUGUCAAAGAUGAGUAUAGGAGAAGUUACAAUGCUAUGCUGUCUCAGCCUUUAUUUGAAAAGCAAGAGAGAGAAAUUCAAGUAUCUAUGAACCAUAUUGCUACUGGAAGUAAAUACAAUAUUCAGGAACAAAUAUACCCCACACCUUCAGCCCCUGAAAAAGAGCUGCUGGACUGCAGACCUGCAGAUUGUAUGAUGUCUCGUUCAGUUGAUCACCUCGAAAGACCUACGUCUUUCCCUCGACCAGGUCAGUUAAUCUGCUGCAAUUCUGUUGACCAAGUCAAUGACAGUGUUUACAGAAAAGUUUUGCCUGCAUUGGUCAUCCCAGGUCAUUACAUGAAAUUGCCAGGAGAGCAUCCUUUUGUUAGCCAGCCACUGGUUGUCCCAGCUGACCAGCAGAUUGAUAUAGAAAGACUUCAGGCUGAGCUUCCUAACCCUCAUGCGCGGCUUUUUCCACAUCCUCCCCAACAGCUGCAACCUCAGCAGUUGGCAUCCCAAGCAAUAUCUCAGCAACAUUUGCAAGAUGCAGGUGCAGCUGAGUGGAGUCAACAAAAUGCUUCCAUGUCUGAAUCGAUUUCCAUUCCUGCCUCACUUAACGAUGCGUCCCUGGCUCAAAUGAAUAGCGAUGUGCAGCUUCUUACAGAAAAGGCGUUGAUGGAAUUGGGAGGUGGAAAGCCAUUGCCUCAUCCUCGAGCAUGGUUUGUUUCUCUAGAUGGACGUUCAAACGCUCAUGUUAGACAUUCGUACAUCGAUCUCCAAAGAGCUGGUAGGAAUGGGAGUAAUGAUGCCAGUUUGGACUCUGGUGUUGACAUGAAUGAACCAAAAUCUGCCCGAAAGGGAAGAGAUCAUCUGUCUGCAUCACAGAGUCACCCACCAGUGCAAGAGCACCAGCAGAGGGAGCGGAAGGUUUCAGAUAGCACAGCUUACACGCAACUUGUGUACUUGGAUGAUAUGGACCAAAGCGGCAGCGAGUGUGGAACAGCAGUUUGUAGCCCCGAGGACAAUGCUCUACGAUGCCUCCUAGAAGGCACAAGUAAGAGGAGUGGUGUGCAGCUGCCCAGCCUGCAGGAGGAAACGAGAACUGUGGACACCAAACCAGAGCCAUUAACUAGUCCUGAACAUGGAACAUCAGUUCAAGAUGAUGAGGAGGAUGAGGAAGAUGACCAAGGUGAAGAUAAGAAGAGUCCUUGGCAGAAACGUGAGGAAAGACCACUAAUGACUUUCAAUCUAAAGUGAGCUAUUGUGAAAAUCCACCCUUCAGUGGAGUAUAAAAUUGCCAAAUAUUCUUUCUGUGGAAGUGCUUGAUUUUUUUGUUUCUUUUGGUUUUUUUUGUUGUGGAGAGAAAAGAGAAAAACAAACUGUGGUGAGCAACAUUUGAAAGAACUUAAAUGCAUUACUGUGUAAAUGUUAGAAAAGAAUUAAAAUCAUUCCUCUGAUUUAACAGCUGCCUCCAGUGAGACAGCUGAACAAAGAGUGUGAUUGUUAUUCCAUAUACUUGAUAUUGGUCAUCCAGGAUGUUGAAAAUACUGACAAAUUGUUUUGGUUGGUUUAUGACCUCAAUCUCCUUAUGAAUGGGAGCUGGUAAAGCUUUUGUUUUGUAGGCCAAUUUUAUGUUGAUAAUGCUACUGAAAGUAUCUUAAAAACAGGAGUUUGACACAUGGUGUCCAAAAUUGUGCAUUAUCUCAACAAAGGCUAUGCAUUGCUGCUUUUAGUAAUAUUUUGCUAUACUAUGCUUUUCUUAAUUUUACAAGUUGGUUGUAAACACUUUAUGUCCUUUAUUAUAAACUACUCAGCAAUUUAUUUUAAUGUAAAACUGCAGGAAACUUGAGUAGCAUCCCUUAGCAUUGAAGCCUUUUUUACAGUAACAAUGAACAGUCCCUUCUUUUGCUAACUCCUUUUAAUUGACCCCAUUUGGGAUUUUAUAAACUUCUGAACUUCUACCUUUUAUUUUAAGCUGCAUGCCAAGAGUCCCAUUUUGUGCUGAGCAUUUCUCAUUUCCAUACAGUGUAUUCUG